GUUGAGGUCAAAUGGAUUCGAUUUUGGAGGUUUUUGGGGAACAUUAUUGGGCAAAGUAUUUAAUUAAUCGACUUUUCGUGGCAGCACUGAACAAAUAUACCCGGUAACACUGUUACGGUUAAUUGUUGUUUGAUUGACAGGCGAGAUGUCACGUGUGUUAGUCGAGAUGCGUAACAGGGUUGCCAUGACAACCGGGUUUGACAGGAACGUAACAAUGAACUAUAGUGACGUCAGGGGAAACGUCACAAUACGGACACUGGGCCGUGGUUCGGGAUUUACCGAAGAAAUAAUGGCUGACGUCAUACUCGUAAUUAACGUCAUCAUUAUGACGUCAGCGAUGACGUAUCACAUCCGGUUCGGUCAAAGGUCACUGAGGUUCACGAACCUUAUAUGGAGUGUUGGGAAUAUGGCGUUGACAAUGAGGGCUAUGACGUAUCAGCUCGAACUUCGCGCUGGACAUUAUGACGUCAUAUGUGACGUAUUCCUCGUCAUCGAUUUGAUCUUGCAUUCCCUCAACCGGUUGUUUCCUUAUUUCAUAUUAUGGAUCCGUCAGGUGUCGCUAUACACAACGCCAACGCUGCAUAGAUUAAACACAAUCAAGAUCAAGCUUCUAAGCAUCUUCACACUGAUCGGCAUCAUCGGUUUCCAAGUAGCUACGUUCGGCAUCCAAUAUAAUGUCGUUCACUUCACCGCAACUCCAACGGGGUGUGUAUUAAGCGCACGGAACAUCCGGGCGGUGCGUAGAUUGUUCAAUGUUCACUCCCCGAUAUUUUUCUCAAUCUCGACUCUUUUCCACCUCAUACUUCUCGGCUUGCUUCUCUACCCCAUCCUACGUCAUAUCCGGACCCGUCGUCACGAUGACGCAAUAAUGAGAAUGAUAAUACGGAUUGUGAUUUGCACAGCUGUAUGCAUAUGCAGCGAUCUUUUAUACUUGGUGGUGAAAUACAUCCGACCACCUGGAGCUUCGACCAUCUUUAUUGGUUUGUCAUCGUGUUAUGACGUCACAAUCAAUAUUAUCGCCGUGACGUCAUCAUUCGCCGAUUAUCGACUUCGGUUCUUUCCCUAUGUUAAGAAAGUGACGUCACCGAGGAAUACGUCACAUAGAACGACGUCACCGCAGAUGUCGGGUCGUGAAAACGGAAACGUUCCUGUAUGACGUCACAUAUAAACAAUAAUAUGACAUCACUAUGACGUUAUUGUACUAAGGGGAAACCCCUGCAUUGUACAAUUAAUUGUUCCAUUAUGACAUCACAAUACACGAUUGUUACAUCAAUCGUAGUUCAUAUUUUGUUUCUAUGUCGAAAAUUUAUUUCGAGAUUAUUUAAAAACGAACCCUUAAACUUGUGGUAAUAAAAACUUUUAACAAAUUUUGAAAGAAUUAAUUAUUUAGGUAACAGUAAAGUAAAACAGUGGUGAUUAUGACAUCAUCAACUACACAGUGGUGAUUAUGACAUCAUCAACUACACAGUGGUGAUUAUGACAUCACACAGUGGUAUAUACAAAACGAGCGAAGGCACUUUUUAUAUGAAAUCAUUGUUACAUAAGCACUACAUCAUAAACAGCUUUGCUGACAUCAUAAACAGCUUUGAUGACAUCAUAAUACAGUUGAUUGUUACACAGCGAGAUCCUCGAACGUGUUGUUUGACAUUUCUAUGUUCACCAUAUUUUUCAUUAGGUCGGCUGAAAAUGUAAACAAAUUUCAAUCACCCAUAUUAUGAUGUAACAAGCUGCAUUAUGACAUCACAUACACUGGCGUCGAUUCCCGGGGGGGCCGGGGGGGCGCGCCCCCCCGGUUUACGGUACAUGUAUUAUUGCGUAACAACGCAUUAUCACGAUCAAUGCAAAAG